AUGGAUCGUUUCAUGCUCUUUCUCUCCUGUGUUUUAACCCUAGCAGCCAUGCAAGAAAUUCAUGCAGUCGAGUAUGAAGUCAUCAACAGUGCAGCUAACACCCCUGGCGGCAUUCGCUUCGUGAAUGAGAUUGGUGUUGAUUACAGCAGGCAGACCCUGGCAUCCGCCACCGGCUUCAUUUGGCAGCUUUUCCAGCAAACCACCGAGGCCGACCGGAAAAAUGUUCCAAAAGUCACCUUGAUUGUUGAAACAAAGGAUGGAGUUGCAUAUGCUGUUAACAACGAGAUUCACCUCAGUGCCAAUUACAUUGACAGCUACAGGUCUGGUGACGUGAAGAAGGAAAUCACUGGGGUGCUCUAUCAUGAGAUGACACACAUCUGGCAGUGGAACGGGAAUGGGCAGGCAGCCAAUGCUAGCAGCCUCAUAGAAGGAAUUGCAGAUUUUGUAAGGCUGAAGGCAGGGCUCGCACCGAGCCACUGGGUGGCGUCCGGGCAGGGCGAAAAGUGGGAUGCGGGGUACGACGUGACAGCCCGGUUCCUGGACUACUGCAAUGAUCUUAGGAAUGGGUUCGUGGCAGAACUGAACAAGAAGAUGAGAAGCGAUUACAAUGUGAAAUUCUUUGAUGAUCUGCUGGGAAAGAGUGUUGAUCAGCUCUGGAGUGAGUACAAGGCCAAGUAUGGGCACUAGGGGUUUGGGCAUAGCCUAGACCUGAUGAAAAUGGAUCACAUUUGUCUGUCUGCAUUGUGUAAUAUGUAAGAUCAAUAAAACUGGAAGCUGGUGUUACUUAAAGACCCUUGAAAUAAAAAUGUUUUAAGAA